GUCCUCGACCAGUGCAAAAUCCUCCUGAAGAACAGUUGUUUGAAAGUGGAACACAGCAAGUAGAGCAGUGUGAUGAUGUUGAUGCAGCAUUAGAUAUGUCAGAAGACGAGCAAUCUGCCAGUGCUAGUAACCCACAAAAACGAGAGAAAAAAAUUGUAGAAGCAUCUCGCAGCAAGAAAGCAUGUCUUUCUGAUGUAAUCGAAAAGUUAAAUGAACAGAUGGGAAACAUAACCAAUUUGAUUGCAAGUAGCAUUGUGUCACCAGAGGUGAGAGAGAAAGAAAGGAAGACAGGGAAUUCUUUGGUCAGAUGUUCAGUAUGUUAUCCCAAACCAUGA